UCGGCUCGGCCUGGCCCGGCCCGGCUUCCUGCUCUGAAGGAAGCCUGACAGUGUGGUGUGCGGGCGCGGUGGGGGAGAGGCGGUUGGGCCCUGGCUGUGGAGCCGCAGGGGGAAGGGCAGGCGCGGGCACUGCCCAGCCUUGGCAGGGCGCAGCCCGGCCUCCCCGGCGCGGCAGCCCGUGUUGGGGACAGGCCGCAGGGCCUGCCCCCUCACACCUCUCCCUGAAACCGACACAGGCCGGCCUGUGCGCAGUGUUUGGUCAGGAGCGGUCCCCGAUCCGAAGGCAGCCCAAAUUUUGGAGCCCAGUGCUUUUAGGUGGGCUGGGUAAGCUGUAGCAGUACGCUACAGUUCAUGCUUUGCUGUACUUACAUAGAUUUGAAUAUUCCUUUUUAAAUAUAAGCGUGUUCUGUUAGGGGAGCUGUCUAGACGAAAUUGUUGAAGACAGCUUGUGAUCAGCUUGCAGAACUUAGAAAUUUCUGCAUGAGGAAUAAUCUUUUGAAAGGUUUGUUACUAGAAAUGUGUCACAGAAAUGUUGCAUUUAGACUUUUAGCACAUUUCUAGUAAAAAUGCAGUACAUGUUUGGUUGAUGUGUUCUGUCGGCAGGUGACAGUAGUUGAAAAGCACCUGUUUUUGCCAAGUGGUAGCUAGCUGCCAGUAACGAGUUCUCAAAUCUGUUACAGGUUCAUAGGUUUUUGUUUUAUUUUUUCAAAGUGUUUUGCAGAUUCUAAGCUUAGUCCAAGCUUCAGAGUUUAUUUCAAAGCUGUCCUUCAUUAGACGAAUUGGCAAUCCUUAAAGCUUCAGAAGUAUGUUUGGCUGCUGCUGAGAGCAGUUUUGUCUAAUGUGUACUUGGAAAUAAAGCUGUUUAUGUACGCUCAAGUCUUGCAAAUUGCCAUACGAUUUGGUAUCUGGACAAGAGUCUUGUUCUGGCUUUACAUGCAUGGAGCGUAAUUGACUGAUAGAUUUAUACCUAGUAGCUGUUGGAAGAGCAGAAUCAGAUACCAUUUACAUAGCAAUGCAAAAUAUUAUUAAAAAUAUCUGAAAAGCAAAACAAUGCCGUGCUUGUAAUGUGGAUAUAUACUAUUUGGAGUGUCCUGGUUAUGUGAAAGAAAUGAAAGAACUCAAGCUCAUCAUUAUAGCUCACCAUAAAAAAUUAUGGAUGAAAGAGAAGAUUUGGUUGAAGAUCUGCUCACUGAAUAUGCCAUACAGCUUAGCAUUCAAGAAUCAAAUGGGGCCAAACCACCAGUGUCUUCCAGCUAUAAUGACAGUUUUGUACCACCUAGUGAGGAAAAUAGGAAAAUUGUAGCAUCCAUAAAGCAAGGUCAAGUAUUUGGGCUCCAAGAACUUGUGAAACAGAAAUACGCUUUGGAUGAAGCUGAUGAAAGAGGGUGGUUUCCACUGCAUGAGGCUGCAGCCCAGCCAAUUCAGCAAAUACUUGAAGUCAUUUUAGAUGCAUCUUAUAAAACAAUGUGGGAGUACAAAACAUGUGAUGGAGAAACGCCAUUAACUUUGGCAGCAAAAGCUGGCUUUGUGGAAAAUGUACGAACGUUGCUGGAAAAGGGUGUUUGGCCCAAUACCACAAAUGACAAAGGAGAAACUCCACUUCUGAUCGCUAUAAGAAGGGGCUCUUUUGAAAUGGUAUCCACUCUGAUUAAACACAACUGUAGUAUCCACCAGCCGUGUGUAAAACGUUGGUCAGCAAUGCAUGAAGCUGCAAAACAAGGACGAAAAGACAUCGCUGCUCUUCUUCUGAAGAAUGGUGGAAAUGUGAACCUUAAGGAUGGAUAUGGAGUAACACCAUUAGGUGUUGCUGCUGAAUAUGGUCACUGUGAUGUGCUGGAGCAUCUUAUUCAUAAAGGUGGAGAUGUCCAGGCCUUAGCAGAUGAUGGUGCGUCAGUACUGUUUGAAGCAGCCGGAGGAGGGAAUCCAGACUGCAUAGCUCUUCUUUUGGAAUAUGGAGGAAGUGGCAAUGUGCCUAAUAAGGCAGGACUGCUUCCCAUACACAAAGCAGCUUAUGAGGGGCAUUACCUGGCCCUGAAGUAUCUCAUUCCAGUCACAUCCCAAACUGCAGUCCAGAAAAGUGGGUUAAGCCCUGUACACUCAGCAGCAGAUGGCCAGAACUCGCAGUGUCUAGAGCUCCUCAUUGAGAGUGGUUUUGAUGUCAAUACUCUCUUGGCUGAACACAUUUCAGAUAGUUAUGAUGAUGAAAGGAAGACCGCACUUUAUUUUGCUGUUUCUAACAAUGAUGUUCUUUGCACUGAAAUAUUACUCAAAGCAGGGGCAAAUCCAAACAAGGACCCUUUAAACUGUCUUCUUGUGGCAGUGAGAGCUGGCAACCAUGAAAUUGUAAGGCUGCUCCUAUCUUACGGAGCAAAUGUCAAUUGCUACUUUAUGUUGGUUAAUGACACGCAUUUCCCUAGUGCCAUUCAGUAUGCUUUGAAUGAUGAGGUGAUGCUGAGGCUGUUGCUCAAUCACGGAUAUAGUGUGGAGAUGUGUUUUGACUGUAUGCAUCAAGAUAUCUUUGGAAAUUCUUUUGUGUGGUCAACUCCAGAGGAAGAGAUUCUCCCCGGAUGGACUUCUUCUGUAAUAAAGGAUAAUCCUUUCUGUGACUUUAUUGCUGUUCCUUGGUUGAAACAUUUAGCGGGAAAAGUGGUUCGUAUUUUUAUAGAUUACAUGGAUUAUGUUCCUCUGUGCACAAAAAUUAAGUUUGUCUUAGAAACACAGAAAGAAUGGACAGAGAUACGUCAGAUUUUGGAUAAUCCUCGCCCUUUGAAACAUCUUUGUCGUCUGAAAAUACGUAAACUCUUGGGGUUAAGGAGACUCCAGAAACUGUCAUCCAUGAAGAAGUUUCCACUUCCACCAGUUCUCAAGAACUAUAUCCUAUACAAAGAAUAUGAUCUGUAUGGAAAAGGGAUAAAUCUAGAAUAGUUUUUUAAAAUAAUUGCAUAUAGUCUGUAAUGUGAUGCAUUUCCUCACUAUUUUUUACUAGCUAAAGACCUGCUUAGUGUUUCAUACGCAUUCACAACAUUCUGAUACUUGUUAAUAGUUCUUGUAUGGGAACAAAUUUUUCUUCAAAGCUAGUACAUUACAGCUCAUUUUUUCACACAACAUUGUAUUAUCCAAAUACAGGCUAAAAUCAGAAUAAGGAUGCUGUAAUAAUUAUGUAGAACAGUGCAUUCUAAAUGGGAAUUCGGAUGAAUAAAGGAUAAAAGAAAAAUUUUCAUGAUGGGACUUCACAAUGAAGAAGGUAAUUGCUGCUCUCAGUUUGUGGCAGUAGUUUAUCUGUAAAAGAAAAUAAAUGUCUAAAUUACCUUGGCAAAGAAAAAA